AUGUCCGGCCCCAUCAGUAUCGGCUCCUCCGCCCAGUGGGAAGAUAUCCUAAAAACCCACAAUGUCGUCAUCGCCGACUUCUACGCCGACUGGUGCGGCCCCUGCAAAAUGAUCGCACCGACCUUCGAGCGCCUCGCCAAGGAAUACUCCGUCCCCAAGAAAGUCGCCUUCUGCAAGGUCAACGUCGACAGCCACUCCUCCAUCUCGCGCUCCCACGGCGUCAGCGCCAUGCCCACCUUCAUCAUCUUCCACUGCGGCAAAGCCAUCAACACCAUCCGCGGCGCCAACCCUGCCGCCCUCGGCACCGCCAUAAACGAAGCCCUCAAGCUCAAGGACCAAGGGACCCCCGGCGAGUACUUCAAGUCUCCCGGCCGCACCCUCGGAAACGGCAACGCGCAGCCCGCCGGUUUCGACUUUAGCUCCAUCCUCAGCUCGGUCGUCCUCUUCGGCGGGCUGUACUUUGCCUCUUUGCUAUCGGCACGUGUCAUCACCUGGUUAUUCGGGGGGAAGUCAUUCAAUGUCGUCAGCCCGAAACCGCAGGGGCCUGCGCUGCAGACGGGUAGCCAGCGUGGGACAGUACCGGCGACGAGGCAGGGACCUAGGGCUGCAUAUCGGACGUUUGCGGACCUGGGGCACGAGGAGACAGCCCGUUCGGGUGUCCUUGAGCUUAGCCAUGGCGCGGGACUGCGCCUGCCGCUCCGCCAACGAACUCUCGGGAGCUCCGUUGUCGCUCGCAGGAUCGCUCCGAUCCGCCACUACUCGACCGAGAACCAGCAAUCUCAGUCCCUGGAGGGCACCGGAACGGACCUCACGUCGAGCCAGCCAGAAAAUAUCGAGAAAGUCGUGCGCGAUGCGAAACAACGAUUCCGAGACACGCUACCGAAAGGGUACCUGACCGAUGAGGAGUACAAGCUAUACGAGCGUCUCUACGGCCCCCCAUUGCGCGAAACGGAUCCCGACGACGUUGGCAUACCCCAUCACGCCGACAUGUCGGGGAACUAUGCCGAGACGAGCUACGGCGACAACAGCUUAAAGACGACGGGUACGCUGAUGACGGAGGACGGCAUGUCCGAUGCUGGCGAGCAGUUCCCCGAGCGCGGCGAUGGCUACGUUGGCAUUGUGGCUAGGAGUAAGCGAGAGUAUGAUGCGUUGAUGAAGUUGGAAAAUGAUUUCAAGAUCGCUGCCGAGAAGGCCAAAAUAUACGAAACCGAGGAGGCGGAGAUGAGGAAGUCUAGGGCGGUUGAUCUCCUCCAAGAGGUCGAAGAACACUACGAGAACGAAUACAGACCCGAGUACGACGAUGUAGAUAUCGAAGGAUUCGGGCCCCGGUCCCGAUCGCACCCGCUCACGGAAGAGGGCCACUUCGGGCCCAGGCCGUCGACUGUACAAAUACCCAAGUAUUCUUUUGUCGAGCCAAUCGCCAGACUCCUCACGAGAACCGACCUUACGCACGUCAAGCAGGCGGCGGAGAAGGCUUACGGUGGCCCGGGACUUCCAGACUCGGCCAUUACGCCGCCGGGCCAGAGAAACAGGCCCAUGCUGCCCAUGUCUUUGCAGGCGGGCCAUCACCGCAUGUCCGAGAUCGACGCCGAUGUCUUCAUUUCCACCUACCUCCCACAGAUGUACGCGGCAUCCAGGAGCGUUCUCGUCGAGGUACGGAAACGGCUCGGCACCGAAUGGAUUCGAGGGUUGCUUACCCGAAACGAAGGCGAGGGCCCGAGAGUCUUGGAUGCUGGAAGCGGUGGCGCUGGGUUGGCAGCCUGGCAGGACAUCAUCAAUGCUGAGUGGGACGUCAUGCGAGACGAGGGCUUGGCGAAGGGCGCACACCCGCCCGGGAAGAAGACGACGAUCAUCGGGUCGGACAAUCUACGGCAGCGAGUAUCCCGCUUCCUCGAGAGCACGACAUUCCUCCCCCGCCUGCCCGAUUACCACCACUCCGCCGACAACGCCGAGAAGCUUCUCGAUGCCCCCGAGGUUCCGCAGCCUAGAAAGACGUACGACGUCAUCCUCGCAUCCCACCUCCUUCUCCAAAUGCCCGAAGGCCACCGCCGCAAGGCCAUCCUCAACAACCUCUGGUCUCUCCUCUCUCCCGAGGGCGGCGUUCUGAUCGUCCUGGAAAAGGGCCACCCGCGCGGCUUCGAAGCCGUCGCGGACGUCCGCGCCAAACUCCUCGACGAGUACAUCCUCCACCCCAACUCCCAGCCCGACCUUGAAGGCGUGCACCCGUCCUUUCAAAAGGUCCGCGAACCAGGCAUGAUCAUCGCCCCUUGCACGAACCACAAGCAGUGCCCCAUGUACCGCAUCCCCGGGAAAUCCUCGGGCCGGAAGGACGUCUGCUCCUUCAGCCAGCGGUUCAUCCGCCCACCGUUCCUACACAGGAUCAUGGACGGCAAGGACCGCAACCAUGACGACGUCGAGUUCAGCUACGUCGCCAUCCAGCGUGGCUUGUCCCUCCCAGCCUCCGUCCAGCAGGGUAAAGAGGCCGUGGACAGGGCCUUCGAGGGCUACGCCGACGCCGCGGAGGAGGAUCGUCCUCACACGCUCUCGCUGCCGCGGAACGUAUCGCCGCCGCUUAAGCGUCACGGCCACGUGCUUCUUGACCUCUGCACGCCGGCCGGCAGGAUCGAGCGGUGGAUCGUGCCGCAGAGCUACGGGCACCAGGCAUACCGCGACGCGCGCAAGGCGAAGUGGGGGGACCUGUGGGCGCUCGGGGCUAAGACACGCAUGGAUCGCAAGGUGAGGCUGGGGAGGGGUGCAGAGGUGCCUGAUGAUGGAGGUGUUAGGGCUCGGAGGGCGAGGGAGACCAAGCCCAAGGUCAUUGAGAUUGGGUACGAUGGGCAUGGGCUUAAGGAUGCGGUGGAUAAGAGUGGUUCGGGUGGUGAGAGGAGGUCGAAGGGGAGAAGGAAGGUGCCGAGGAAGACUUUGUUGCAGGAGUUGAUGGAUGAGUGA